AUGGCUUCUGAGUUUAUUGGUUAUAAUGUGCUGGUGGACUUGAAAGAGCCCCCAGGUGGACGACUGGUGGGCCAGGUUGCCAAUGUCUUCGGGCAGCAGUUGUUGCUUCACAAUGUUACACUCCUCUGGAAUGGCCAGCGCUUCCCUCAAUAUUCCAUUGAUGCCUCUAUCAUCGACGACCUAUCUCUGGAGACUAAUACUGAGGCUCCGGCGCAGCCUCGGCGUAUACCUCAGCCUCAAGCUCAAACUCAUUCUCAACAAUAUGCGCAGCUGCCUACAUCACUGGCUCCCACUCAAUCAACACCGACCCAGCAACAGUUUAUGGAUCCGGCCAUUCUCAGCUAUACCAAAGCACCUCUCAAGUCCAAACCGUCGGCUGAGAAUGGACCGCUGGCUGGAACCAACCAACAAGCUACCGGAGCACUUUCGGCCUCUUUGAGUGAGCCGUUUAGUAGUCUGGAACUGAACGCAGACGGCGGCAAGGCCGGAAAGCAAGGGGCCUCUCGAAAGAACCUGGCUCAGGGUGCACAGGAGCUGUUACCUUCAAAGAAAACACCUAAGCGUAAUCGACGAGAACAACAAGAAAAUAUACACGAAGAAAGAGGGUAUGCUGCGAAACACGGUGCCGCAGCAAGCACCAACCCAAAGAGCAAGGGCUGGCGCCAGACUGCAUUUGUGGAACCAGCGGGCCCUGCAUUCCAGGAUUCGCCCGAGCCACUAACCCGACCUGGGACCAAACUUCGCAAAAAGAAGUCACGCCGUUAUGCAGAAGAUCCUAGUGGCUGGGCCACCGAAGAUGCGACUGAUAUCCAAGAGCUGGGCGAGUUCGACUUCGCAAGCAAUUUAUCCAAAUUUGACAAGCGCACCGUGUUUGAACAAAUCAGAAACGAUGACACUACCGCAGAUGAGGAGCGCCUGGUCAGCUUCAACCGAAAAGUCAAGCCCGGGACUAACGGUGGUAAAAAUCUCCACUGGACGGAGAAUGUUCUCGACAGUCCGCAGAACAGUGACACAGAGGAUACGACUGGCGAUGAUGUCGAGGGGGCUAGUGAGAUCAAACUUGGCGGUGAGAGUCUGUCCGGACGUGAACGGUCAAGGGUAUCUCAUCAUUCUUCUCGAAAAGAUAGCGCGAUACAGGCUCCGCCAAUGGUGCCACAACUUAGCGCACUUGGCCGCAGUCAGUUACACGUGAACGUCUCUCGUACAACCAGCCCUAGGCCCAGCCGAUCCUCGGUCUCGCCGAUGGUCGCUCCAAAUGUAUCUGGUGCAGGCUCCCUCCGCCUCACUACUACCAAUCGCAGCUGUCCUACCGUGAGCCCUUUGCAGACUCUAGAGAUCGAGCAAAUUUCGGUCGCCGAAUUUGGAUUGGCCGAGGAGAUAAUUACAGAGAAUGCAGGACGAGGCAUUGCAGAGGCUGCCGUGGCCCUUGUUUCUAACGAUGCUGCUGCACCAAACAUGGUAAUCAUUACUGGUAACCACCGUACUGGAGCUAGGGCUAUUGCCGCCGCUCGCCAUCUGCGCAACCGGGGUCAUCGAGUUACAGUUUGUCUGCUUGGGUUGGAGCACGAGGCUGAAUUGCUUGAGAACUGCCGCAAGCAGCUUGAUAUCUUCCGCAAGGUUGGGGGACGAGUCCUUAAAUGGGAAGAGCUAUCUGCUCGCUUGGCUACCUCCGACCUGGGCCCUGACCUGCUUGUUGACGCCUUGUUCGGCAUGCACAUAUCCUUCGACGACCUUCGGACUGAUGACCAAAUUGUGGCUUUCGAGAUGAUCUCCUGGAUGAACCGGAGCAAUGCCGACGUGCUUUCCGUGGAUGUUCCUUCUGGACUUCAUGCUUCUACUGGAGAAGUUACCCUUAGCAAUGGAGCUCGCAUUAUCGUUAAUGCCACGUCCGUGGUGUGCCUCGGAGCCCCCAAGACUGGAAUCUUGAACGCUCUUCUGUCUGGCGAAAGAAUCUCCUGGACUGUGGCAGUUGCGGACAUCGGUAUUCCUCAGAUUGUAUGGAGGAAGUAUGGUACCCGUCGUCGCCAUGGAAUUGACUUCGGAAACAAAUGGGUGGUCCCACUGAAGUACCAGCCUCUGCUUGUUUAA